GCGCUUGGUUGUCUGAGCUCACCGGAAUCGAAGAUAUAGUAUUCAGGCGGACAGGAAACGCCUAUCGUUGUUUGGUUGUACUGCUGACAGUGUGGCGGUGAAAUUCCAUCUCCUGUUGCUGAGCUUAAUCUUCUCUGUGUAAACAAAAGAGUUUAAGUCCAAUGGGAGACAGCGAUGACGAGUUUGACAGGAGGCGGCGUGACAAAUUCAGAAGAGAGAGGAGCGACAUGGAGAGGUCACGGGAAAGGGAGGAGAGGAGGAGGGACGAUUGGCCCGACAGGGACUGGGACCGUGGCAGAGAGAGAAGGCGGGAUUACGAUCGCGGUCGCAGGGAGAGGUUUUCUCCACCCAGACACAUGAGUCCACAGCACAAACGCAUGAGGCGAGACUGGCCAAAUGUUUGCAGGGAUGACCACCGGGGGGAGCCCUACCGCUACGAUCUGCCCUAUGGUGGAGGCGGGGCACCAUUUCCUGGGGUAGGGCCUCAAGGAUGGCCCCCUGAUCUGCCCCAACUUCACCCCCACCAUGGAUGUCACCCACUGCAUGGCAGGUUAGGGAUGGUGGACCCAGACCUUCCUCCUGCUGGUCCUCCAACAAUGAGGAGCUUUAAAGAGUUUCUGUUGAACAUGGAGGACAGCGUAGAUGAGACGGAAGCGGUUAAGCGCUACAACCAGUACAAGCUGGACUUCAGGCGGCAGCAGCUGCAGGACUUCUUUCUGCAGCACAAAGAACAGGAGUGGUUCCGCUCCAAGUACCACCCUGAUGACAUCACAGCCAGGAAGGCAGAGUCUCUGGCUGCUCUGAAGACACGACUCACUGUUUUCCUCUUCCUGCUAGAUAACAACUGGCUGGACAAUGUGUCCCUGGACAUGGACCAUGCACCUGCCAUCAUCAAGCUGCUGGAUGCAGCUGUGAUAAAGAUGGAGGGAGGCACAGACUUUGACCUGCAGGUGUUGGAGGUUCCCACGGCUCCUGUGGCAGGAGCUGGGGAGAGCAGCAGUACAAGUGGAGUCACAGGAACAGAGAGGAGUCUGGGAGGUUCCAGCAGUGUGAACAGUGACAAUCAGAACACUUCUGAGGCUGCUGGUAGUCGGAUGCAGGGGGCAGACGAAGAAAAACGAACAAGUCAGAGUAAAGAGGGAGCUAAGGACUCUGAGGAGGUGAAGCAGAAUGGAGAGAAGGAUGAAGAUGAAGAGGAUGAGGAGGAUGAGGAGAAAAAGGAUGAGAAGAAAAAGAAGAUGAAGAAGGGCAGGAAAAGAAAACGCAGUGUGUCAGCAGACAGUGGUGAGGGCAGCGCCUCUGACUCUGACUCCUCCCACUCUGAUGGAGAAAAGGAGGAGGACGAUGAGAAAGAGGAGGACGAAGAUGCACCGGACGAGCGCCGCAAAGAGCGGGGCAAGGACAGAGAGAAGGAUGUUCCGGCCAAGCCCCGCCCCCUUCACCUCACCACCUCUCUGUUCAUCAGGAGUAUCCCUCCAGAGGUUUCCAAAGAGGAAAUCACAGCUCUAUGUCGCAGGUACCCAGGCUUCCUACGGGUGGCACUGUCAGAUCCUCAGCCUGACAGGAGAUUCUUCAGACGCUGUUGGGUGACCUUUGAUCGUAGUGUGAACAUCAAAGAGACGUGUUGGAAUCUGCAGAAUAUCAGGCUUAGAGACUGUGAGCUCUCUCCUGUGGUGAACAGAGACCUGUGUCGACGUGUGCGCAGUGUCAACGGUCUGACUCACCACAAACCUGUGGUGAGAAAUGACAUCCGUCUGUCUGCUCGACUCAUCCACAGUCUGGACCAGAAGGGGGAGCUGUGGGUGGGACAGAUGGAGACUAACCCAGUCCUGAAGAACAUCACAGAUUACCUGAUAGAGGAGGUGAGUGCUGAAGAGGAGGAGCUAACAGGAGCCUCCAGGGGAAACGGUGAAGAAGCAGGUGAUGGUAAAGACCCCGCCUCCUCCUCUGAUGUCACCCUGGAGACAGACGAUAAGCUGUUGAAGGUUCUGGACCGACUGCUGCUCUACCUACGUCUGGUCCACUCUGUAGAUUAUUAUAACUUCUGUGAGUAUCCUGCAGAGGACGAGAUGCCUCAUCGCUGUGGCCUCAUCCAUGUACGAGGACCUCUACCUGUGGCCAAGAUCACUGCAGCUGAGGUGAGCGAACAUCAAAGGAUGUGUGAGGAGCGUCUGUCUCCACUGCUGUCUCCCUCAGAGACGUUGAGUGAAGAGGAAGCAGUCAGGCUGGGAAAGAAAGACCCAGAACAAGAGGUGGAGAAGUUUCUAUUGGCCAACACUCAGGAACUCAGUAAAGACAAGUGGCUGUGUCCUCUGAGUGGGAAGAAGUUCAAGGCUCCUGAGUUUGUUCGUAAACACAUUCUGAACAAACAUAUAGAUAAGGUCACUGCCGUCAGACAGGAAGUGGACUUCUUCAAUAACUUCCUGCUGGACACUAAAAGACCAUCCCUCCCUGAGAAUAAGCCCCUCCUACCAGCACCGCCGGCUGCGCCCCCUGGUGUCCCAGGAUUUCCUGGUCAGUCCCCUCAGCAGCAGCAAAGCCUUCUGGGAUAUCCACCUGGAGUCAGACCUCCAAUGCCUGGCUUUCCUGGUGCAGGUCCUCCGUACCCCCCCAACCAGUUUGGUGUGGGUCGCGGUAACUACGACAACUUCAGAGGUCAUUUAGGAGGAGGAGGUUUUCCUGCACAGCAGCGAAACAGGGGGGUGCGAGGUGAUCCUCGUUCCAUUAUUGAGUACAGAGACCUGGAUGCUCCAGAUGACCUGGACUUUUUUUGAAGCCAACUCAGUCAAACCACAGGAAUUUCUUUUGUUUUUUUUUUAAGAUUUUGUAUUUCUACAUUUACCACGAUUCCUCUAAUUUUACCUCCAUGUUAAUUUUGUUUUAAUUUUGGUUGGAUCUUAGGUGAGUGUGUGAUUGUGAGUGUGUCUGUGUGUAUGUUGUGGGAUACAUUAUUGUCAUUAUUGAUGGUGUUUAUGAUUCAUUCCACUUUACAAUAAAGACAGAGGAAGACUGGA